CUGCAGUUUACGGAAGGAGGAGUGAUUUGUGUUGAAGGAGCGCGUCUGCAUUGGUCCACUAUAAAUCUGCACGAAACUUUUGACGUGGUUUAAAGAUGCACAGGAUGAUAAAAACUGUUCUGAGGUAGUAAUGUGAACGAUUGUAGAUGACUAAAUGCAGUAUUUGACAGCGUUAUUCAAGCGAUAAUAGGCGGUUUCUCGUAAAUGGCGCCAAAACUGAUGUUGUUUUGUGUGAGUGAAGCGAAUCAACAUGAGGAAAACACGAAUUCACUCAUCAGAGGUGUAAAUUACACAUAAUCACAAACCUGACAAAGUCUCGUUUGCAAAUUCACAAUAUGUUGUCGUGAAGAUGGAGUUUGUUAAAGAGGAGAGUGAAGACAUGAGUGAUCCAGAAGGAGUGAAAAAGGAAGAAACUGAGGAACAGGGAGACCUGGUGGAAGUGAAAGAGGAAAGUGAAGAACUGAAUGAAGUGGAGGAGAAACGGCAGAAUCGGGAACCUCAGCGUUUCAUAAGUGGAGAAAAAUCUUUCGGCUGCUCUCAGACUGAAAAUAAUUCUUCACCAAAAACAACAGAACCCAAUAGUUCUUUCAUGUGUCCACAGUGUGGAAAGAGUUUUACUUGUAAAAGAGAUCUUAAGAGGCACAUACGAAUUCACACUGGAGAGAAACCGUUUCCAUGCUCUCAGUGUGGAAAGAGUUUCGCAAAUUCAGGAGAUCUGAAGAGACACUUACGAAUUCACUCCGGAGAAAAGCCUUUCACCUGCCCUCAGUGUGGAAAGAGCUUCACGCAGAAGGAAGGUCUAAAGGAACACAUGAAAAUCCACUCCGGAGAGAAGCCUUUCACAUGCAUGUUGUGCGGGAAGAGUUUCACACAUCAAAACAGCUUGAAAAGACACAUGAAAGUGCAUUCGGGAGAGAAACUGCACCAGUGUCCUGAAUGCGGCAGGAGGUUUUCAGAGGCCUGCAAUCUCAAAACACACCUGCUCUCUCACACUGGAGAAAGACCCUUUCACUGUCAGCGCUGCGACAAGAAGUUUUUCUUGGCCGUGCACUUGAAGACGCACAUGAGGAUUCACGAAGACGAAACGCGGUACGUGUGUUCGUUUUGCGGGAAGAGUUUUCUGUGGCUCAACGGGUUUAAAGACCAUCAAAAAAUACAUACUGGUGAGAAACCCUACGUGUGUUUGGACUGUGGAAGUACUUUUACUAGAGCUGGUGAACUGAAAGUGCAUGAACGGAUCCAUACUGGAGAAAAACCUUACAAGUGUUCACACUGUGAGAAGAGCUUCACAGUUUCGGGAGCCCUUAAAGUACAUGAGAGAGUUCAUACGGGAGAGAAGCCGUACCUCUGUCCUUCAUGCGGGAAGACGUUCAGUCGAUAUGGAAAUCUAGGGAAACAUUUAAAAAAGGCUUGUCCAAAGCUGAGACAGUGAGGAGCUUCACAUCCAGGUGUAGGUGUGUUCAUGUGAAUUAAAUGCGGACAGGACAGUUCAGCUUGCAGUGUAAACAAACGUGGUGGAGCAUAUAGCCUGUUAGAUAUGACUUGCCAAUCAACUAACUUGAUCAUUAUAAAAGUAUUUAAAACACAAAAUACAUCUGAGAAUAAUAAUAUCAGUUGUUUUGCAAUCUAAGAACAGUUCGCCCCAAACUGUGCUCACCCUCAGGUCAUCCAAGAUGUAGAUGAGUUUGUUUUUUAUUUAGAUUUAUAGCCUCUUGGAUCAAACUCAAAGCAUUGAUAUAUGCCUACAGAACAACCACUGGCUCUGCACUCCUAAAUUCACUACUUCAGACUUGUGUGUUUUCCAGAAGCUUGUGAACUGCAAGUGAACGGCACAUUGUAGUGCCAUCCCAAAGAUGACCUGCCCAACUCAGUCUGAACAGCUGAGUCUUAAAGGAGAAGUCCACUUCCAGAACAAAAAUUGACACAUAAUGUAGUCACCCCCUUGUCAUCCAAGAUGUUCAUGUGUUUCUUUCUUCAGCUGUAAAGAAAUGAUGUUUUUUGAGGAAAACAUUUCAGGAUUUUUCUCCAUAUAAUGGACUGAUAUGGUGCCCCGAUUCUGAACUUCCAAAAUACAGUUUAAAUGCAGCUUCAAACGAUCACAAAUGUGGUUGUAAACGAUCCAAGCCGAGGAAAUGUUUACCUCAACAAACAUAAUUUCUUUAAGACUGAUAAAGGGGUGAGUACAUUAUCUGUCAAUUUUUGUUCUGGAAGUGGACUUCUCCUUUAAGUCAUCUUCAAGAAAUGGCUAAAGACGCAUCUCCUCCAUCGACACUUGACCCUCUAACACUAGCACUUUCUAUUUCUAGUUGAACUACUUGUUUUCUCUUUAUUUAUUAAAAAAAACCUGUUACCCUCUAACACGAGUGAUCUCUAUUCUUUUUUUAUUAUAUCUGCCCUUGCUGUGUGUACUGUGUUAGACUGACCGAGACUUGUCACAGCACUUACAUAUUGUUUCUCUUUUGUGGGUCUGAUUGCUUCCAUUGUCAUCAUUUGCAGGUCUCUUUGGAUAAAAGCGUCUACUAAAUGACUAAAUGAAAAUAUAAUGUAAACAGUGAUUGACCUGUACAUCUUUUUCACUUCAUUAUUAUUGAUUAUGGACUCAUAUUUUAGUUAGAAACAUCUUAAUGAUGGAUUUGUUUCAGCUUUUGUCUUCUCAAGAUGUGAACUGAUGGACUGGAGUGGUGUGGAUUACUUGUGGAUUACUGUGAUGUUUUUAUCAGAUGUUUGGACUCUCAAUCUGACGGCACCCAUUCACUGCAGAGGAUCCGUUGGUGAGACAGUGAUGGAAUGACAUCUGAUGAAGAAACUAACUCUUUCUAAUCUUGGAUGAUCUGAGGCUGAGCACAUUUUCACCUAAUUUCCAUUUUUGUGUAAACUAUUCUUUUACAGUAUUUUGAAUAACAUUGGUUAAUUAGGAAAUAAAACCUAUAUGUCGGUCAUACAGCAUGAAGGGUCACGUAACAAGCUUGAUGCGUCACUAUGGAAAUAGGAAUAAUGCAUUUUAUAGUCUAAAAGACUGCUUUCAGAACUUCAGUUUCUUAAGAACCAACAACAGUCUGGAGUAGAGGCACUUUUAAAUGUAAUGCGUGAUGAAAUUGUUUUUAGAAUUUCAGUUGAGGUACAUAUAUCGCUGAUUGAUGCCCAUUCUGCAAUACAACUGAGCACCCUAUAUGGGAAAUAAAACUAAUCACAGAUUCUUCAUGUAGUUUGUCGUGACACAGGACUGUCCUUUGCACUGAAGAAGAAAAGAUAAAGAAGCAGAUAAAGGCAAAUAAAAACCAAAGUGUGUCUAUAGCAUUCAUUGUCAUUAUUCAUGGUACAGUAAACCAAAGUCAAGAAUGGAAAUCACUCACCUUUCGUCUCAAAUAUUGACAUUUCACAAAAAUGAACUGAAUACAUGAAUAAAUAAAAUGAGAUUUAGAAAUUCAAAAUACGCAAAUAUGUUUUUAUGUCACAAACACAAAGCCAAGAGGUGCACACACAUCCACAAAUAGAUGGAGUCCAUUAACUAUCUACUCAAGCCAAUCAGAUAACUCACAUUAUUGAACCGGAGAAACAUUAACGUGCAAUAUGUCAGAAUUUUUAGAACAGUCCAGACUUCUAAAUAAAAGAGCCAAUCAGCAGUUGAAGUCAGUGCAUCACUGCAGCUCCUGUCAGAUGCUCCACUUCCCAACAGUUCUCAGUGUCCUGACUGAUGAUUGCAUGUGUGUAUUGACUGGACCAACCUGAAAUAUACACUUUAUGGGACAGUUCAUGUCUGAUUUUGUUGCUGAUUUGAAAUGUGAAGUUGGCAAGCAUUUGAUUUCAGUAUUAUCCCAUUUAAGUCGAUGGGACUUGGUCUUAAUGAGAGCAUUGCAUAAUUUGGCCACUGAGUAUAUGGACUUUACUUGAAAAAAGUAAAGCACAAAUUUUGACAAUUUACAGAUGUGGAGCAUCAUGCACAAAUGGCUGAUAUAUAUGACCUUUUAAAACAGUAGCAGUGCCAAGAAUUAGAUAUAAUACAGUGUAUAAUACCAAAUAUGGGCUGAAUGAACAUGAGUGAUGAAACAGCACCAGACCGGGGGUUUUGCGUGAGUGGAUAAUACAAGUAAAAACCUGUCUUUGGCUUUAUUUUGGAUGCUGUGAGUAGCUUUUACAAUCAAAACUGUUAAGUCUGAUUCAUAUGAAAGAUCAUUUGUGUGAUUAAGUGUUUGACCAGUAAAUGAAUAUGCAUAUCUCCUGUCUGCUGGUCAUUUUAAUUUCGUAUGUGUUAAUUCUUUGGAUUUCAACAAUCUGUCACAAAAUGUACAUAUGAAGAGUUCAGAUGCAAAACCAGCUAAAAGCCAUCUCGGUCAAAAAUGAGAUAAUGAUACUGAGUGAAUGCUCUCGACACAUAUUACACGUCCAUCAAAUACUUUUUCUUCAAACUUGCUAAAAUUCCAGCCUCAGCCCAAUCAGAAGGACCAGUACUUACAUAGAAACCUAUACAUCUGAGCCUGAUAAAAAUGCAUUUUUUAAAGAAAGACAUCAGAUGGAUUUAGCUGGUUUUGCAUUUGAACUCUUCAUAUUUUCUUCUAUACACACAAUGGGAAGAAUUUUAUAAUACAUUUACAUACUGUUUUAAGAGUAUUGUUACAUUAAUACUUCUCAGCAGAUUGUUAGC